UUUCUCUUCAGCAACGGGUAGCAGAAUUGGAAAAAAUUAAUGCAGAGUUUUCACGUGCACAGCAGCAGCUUGAGCAAGAAUUUAAUCAAAAGAGAGCAAAAUUUAAGGAGUUAUAUUUGGCUAAAGAGGAGGAUCUGAAGAGACAAAAUGCAGUGUUACAAGCUGCACAAGAUGAUUUGGGACACCUUAGGACACAGCUAUGGGAAGCUCAAGCAGAGAUGGAGAAUAUUAAAGCUAUUGCCACAGUCUCUGAGAAUACUAAGCAAGAAGCCAUAGAUGAAGUGAAAAGGCAGUGGAGAGAAGAAGUUGCUUCACUUCAGGCUGUCAUGAAAGAAACAGUUCGUGAUUAUGAGCACCAGUUCCACCUGAGGCUGGAGCAGGAGCGAUCUCAGUGGGCCCAGUAUCGAGAAUCUGCAGAGAGGGAAAUAGCUGAUUUAAGAAGGCGGCUGUCUGAAGGUCAAGAGGAGGAAAAUUUAGAAAACGAAAUGAAAAAGGCCCAAGAAGAUGCAGAAAAGCUUCGGUCUGUUGUGAUGCCCAUGGAGAAGGAAAUUACAGCUUUGAAAGAGAAACUGACAGAGGCUGAAGACAAGAUCAAAGAGCUGGAGGCCUCAAAGGUUAAAGAACUCAAUCAUUAUCUGGAAGCUGAGAAAUCUUGUAGGACUGAUCUAGAGAUGUAUGUAGCUGUUUUGAAUACUCAGAAAUCUGUUCUACAGGAAGAUGCUGAGAAAUUGCGGAAAGAAUUGCAUGAAGUUUGCCAUCUCCUGGAACAAGAGCGACAACAGCACAACCAGUUAAAACAUACAUGGCAGAAGGCCAAUGACCAGUUUCUGGAAUCUCAGCGUUUGCUUAUGAGAGACAUGCAGCGAAUGGAGAUUGUGCUCACUUCAGAACAGCUCCGACAGGUUGAAGAACUGAAGAAGAAAGAUCAGGAGGAUGAUGAACAACAAAGACUUAAUAAAAGAAAAGAUCACAAAAAAACAGAUCCUGAGGAAGAAGUAAAAAUACCAGUAGUGUGUGCUUUUACUCAAGAAGAAUCUUCAGCCCAGUUAUCAAAUGAAGAGGAGCAUUUAGACAGCACCCAUGGAUCAGUCCAUUCCUUAGAUGCAGACUUGUUGUUACCUUCUGGAGAUCCAUUCAGUAAAUCGGACAAUGACAUGUUUAAAGAUGGACUCAGGCGAGCACAGUCCACAGACAGCUUGGGAACCUCUGGCUCAUUGCAAUCCAAAGCUUUAGGGUAUAAUUACAAAGCAAAAUCUGCUGGAAACCUGGACGAGUCGGAUUUUGGACCACUGGUGGGAGCAGAUUCAGUGUCUGAGAACUUUGAUACUGCAUCCCUUGGGUCACUGCAGAUGCCAAGUGGGUUUAUGUUAACCAAAGAUCAGGAAAGAGCAAUCAAAGCAAUGACGCCAGAACAAGAAGAGACAGCAUCCCUCCUCUCCAGCGUUACCCAGGGCAUGGAGAGUGCUUAUGUGUCCCCCAGUGGUUACCGCUUAGUCAGUGAGACGGAAUGGAAUCUUCUGCAGAAAGAGGUACAUAAUGCUGGAAAUAAACUUGGUAGACGUUGUGAUAUGUGUUCCAAUUAUGAAAAACAGUUACAAGGAAUUCAGAUUCAGGAGGCUGAAACGAGAGACCAGGUGAAAAAACUGCAGGUGAUGUUAAGGCAAGCUAAUGACCAAUUAGAGAAGACAAUGAAAGAUAAACAGGAGCUGGAGGACUUCAUAAAACAGAGCACUGAAGACUCAAGUCACCAGAUCUCUGUACUUGUCCAAAGAGCCCAGGCCUCUGAGAUCUUACUGGAAGAAUUACAGCAGGGAUUUUCCCAGGCAAAGAGGGAUGUUCAGGAACAGAUGGCGGUGCUGAUGCAGUCUCGAGAACAGGUUUCAGAAGAGCUGGUGAGGCUACAGAAAGAUAACGACAGUCUCCAGGGAAAGCACAGCCUGCAUGUGUCGUUGCAGCAAGCCGAAGACUUCAUCCUCCCAGACACUACAGAGGCACUCCGGGAUUUGGUUUUAAAAUACCGAGAGAACAUCAUUAAUGUGCGGACAGCGGCAGACCACAUGGAAGAGAAGCUGAAAGCCGAAAUACUUUUCCUCAAAGAGCAGAUUCAAGCAGAACAGUGUUUAAAAGAAAACCUUGAAGAAACUCUACAGCUAGAAAUAGAAAACUGCAAGGAAGAAAUAGCUUCCAUUUCUAGCCUAAAAGCUGAAUUGGAAAGAUUAAAAGUAGAAAGAGGACAGCUGGAGUGCACAUUAAGAGAGACAUCUCAGCAACUUGAGAGUCUUCAGGAGAUAAAGAUCUCUUUGGAGGAACAGUUAAAGAAAGAGACUGCUGCCAAGGCUGCCACUGAACAACUCAUGUUUGAAGAGAAGAACAAAGCUCAGAGAUUACAGACAGAAUUAGAUGUCAGUGAACAAGUACAGAGAGAUUUUGUAAAGCUUUCACAGACCCUUCAGGUACAGUUAGAACGGAUCCGGCAAGCAGACUCCUUGGAAAGGAUCCGGGCAAUUCUGAAUGAUACCAAACUGACAGACAUUAACCAGCUCCCUGAGACAUGACAUCCCAAUAGCAGGAUUCUAGCCUGCACUUUGGGUUUUUAACUCAUCUUUAGAGCAACAUUAAUUAUUAUUUAACUCUUAACUGAAGAAGCAGAAGUCACAGUAAAAGGAAGACCGGAGAAAUGUUUAUUUCUAGUAGGAGACGAUUGUGCAGCACAGGAGCAGCCAGCAGCCAGGAUGAUGUGCAGCAGAAAGACCUUUCAAAUGGGAACACUAACAAAACUCGGACUUGAUGCCAAUGGGCCUGGGAUCAGAUUUGGUGAUGGAAGAAGCGCUGUUUCCUUGCCUGCUUUCUCCAAAAUCAAUGUUUGAAAUACAUCUCCCUACCCCAGAACAUCAUCCUAAUAGUGCUUGGAAGUACAUUUUCUGUUCAUAGAUAUUGGGAGAGAAUUCUUUUCUGUUGUCUAGAGCUCAUCAGUAACAGUAUUCAGCUAGCAGACACUGUAGUAUGCUGUAUGAAUAUUUUAUAUUAAAAUAUGAAGUUUGAGAGCAGGCCAUUGGCUAUUGACUGUUUCCUUAGCUCAUGCUUUUUUUUUUUUAUCAUUUUAUUUUGUAUUGAGGACCUUAAGUGCUACUGAAAACUUGUCUGAGAACUGUAAGACUGACAAAAGGAACCAAUUCAAAAACUGAAUAAAUUAUGAAAAUUUGAAACCUUGGCUGGGGGGGCUAUCUAUGUAUGUUGGAAAUGAGGUUAAAGGAAAAGCACAAACUGUUUGGAAGCACUUUUUCUGUAUACCUGGAUGAUUUUCAUACCAGGGUAAAGCUGAACUGGCACCAUCUACUCUUGAAGUGUUUUAGUUUAGCUAUUGGAUCAGUGGGGGGGAAAAAAAGAAUAUUAAUAAAACAGAUGAUGCCUGACAUCUAGUAUACAUUCAUAAAUCUUAUUUUCAAUUUGAAUCAGUGGGCUUGAAUACCAUUUGUUUCUAAAGUGUCAAAUACAAAAAUAGUAACUAGGUUUGAAUAAUUUUUUCUUUUUAAAUUUAGACUUAGAGCAUAAGUAACAGUGCUUAUGGUGAAGGUGGGGAAAGCCAGUUAGUAUAUUGAUCAGUUUGAAAAUCUGUUCUGUCAUAUUCCAAGAGGUUAUAUUCCUUUCCUAUGUGGAGGAAGCUUCAACGAAACAGGGUAUCUUGCCACGGCUUUAGGAAGUAUUGCAGAAAGCACAAAGGAUGGAUUUUUGUUUGCUGUUUACCUGCUGCAGUUCUGUCCCAGGAAUAUCCAGUGGAAGGCUACAGUUUAAUUCUUCUUCACACAGAUGGUUCAAACGUAAAACUGUUUUCAAAUACUUUUUGGAAUUGGUGUUGCCUAACAGCAGGGUACCUGAAAGAACCUUAUGGGAAUUAGUCAAAUAAGUAUAUUGGUUCACUUAAAGCCACGAUCAACUGAGAGUUGAAUUGUCUUUAAGUCAAUAUGGACUUGCCCUACAGAUCUUCUGUCUUCCACAGGACAAAUGAUAAGGAUUACAUACCUCACCCAUUGGGUUAUUAUUAUAGUCUUGCAUUCAUGAUUAUGAACUUAAAUACUAAUUAUGGAAAUUGUGCUAAAGGCUUGCCAUUGCAUGAAACUUU